AUGGAAAGAACAAACCUGAGCCAGGAGAUGGAGUUUGAGCUUUUGGGCCUCACCAGUGACCCCCAACUCCAGAAGCUGCUCUUUGUGGUGUUCCUGGUCAUGUACACCAUCACUGUGCUGGGGAACCUGGUCAUGUUCUUUCUCAUCCAUGUGAGUGCCACUCUGCACACACCCAUGUACUCCCUCCUCAAGAGCCUUUCACUCCUGGAUUUCUGCUACUCUUCCACAGUGGUCCCCCAGACGCUGAUGAACUUCUUGGUUGAGAGAAAGGUAAUCUCUUACUUUGGCUGCAUGGCUCAGAUGUUCUUUUAUGCAGGCUUUGCCACCAGCGAGUGCUAUCUCAUUGCUGCAAUGGCCUAUGACCGCUAUGUAGCUGUUUGCAAUCCUCUUCUCUAUCCAACCAUUGUGUCUCCCAAUGUCUGUGCCUCUCUGAUCGUGGGCUCCUAUAGCGCAGGGUUUCUCAACUCUCUUAUCCAUACAAGCUGCAUCUUCAAUCUGAAUUUCUGUGGUGCUCACGUGGUCACACAUUUCUUCUGCGAUGGGCCUCCCAUCCUGUCCCUGUCCUGUGUGGACACUUCGCUGUGUGAGAUCUUGCUCUUCAUUUUUGCGGGCUUCAACCUUUUGAGCUGCACUCUCACCAUCUUGACCUCCUACUUCUUAAUCUUCAUUGCUAUCCUACAAAUGCAUUCAACCCAGGGCAGGUUCAAGGCGUUUUCCACCUGCACUUCCCACCUCACUGCUGUGUGCUUCUUUUUUGGCACAACACUUUUUAUGUACCUGCGCCCUAGGUCCAGCUACUCCUUGACCCAGGACCGCACAGUUGCUGUGAUCUACACAGUGGUGAUCCCAAUGCUGAACCCCUUAAUCUACUCUUUGAGAAAUAAGGAUGUUAAGGAGGCUCUAAGGAGGGUUUGGGGCUGGAAAUCAAUGGGAUGA